AGUCCUUUCGAUUAAUGCCCAUCACAGACUGUAUAUAACUCAGAUGUACUAGAAUCCUUACACACACCACAGUAUCUCAAUUGGUAGUUGUUUGUUGUGUUCCUUGCUUACAAGUUUCUUUUUUUUCAGAUUCUGUCAUUAGAGCUAUUUCUGUCAUAUAUAUUGGUGAAACUGUCUCGGUUCGUUUCGCCAAUUGUUUGUUAUAUAUAAUACUGAUAAUUUCGUGUAUUAUGUAUACAAGGUAUUCAUUCCGUGUACAUUCUUGAGAUAAGGCCAAUCCUCUUAGUGGGCUAUAACUCCUAAAUCAUACACAGUCAUUCAGUGCUUAUCUCAAUAGUUUCAUUGUUCAUCUUCUCAUAUGUGUUUACAGCCAUUUGACAGAUGACACUCGUGAGAAGUGAUUGGUUGCUUACAGUUGGCUUCCAUCUUUGUCCACUUAGUUGUUUGUGCGUCAUUUAAUAUUCGGCAGGAAUAAUUACAUGAAAUAAAUAUGGAUUUGGACCGAAUAUGUAUACUCUGAGUGCAAAACAAUGGGUUGUAUUUCCAGUAAGACGGAUAUUAAUGAUCUCCACCCAAACAUCUUCCAGGUAAUGAAUGUGGAUGAACUAGGCAAUCGGUUGAGUCCUGGACAAUUGGAGAUAACUGAAACUGACCUAGUCUUAUAUCAGAAAAAGAAAGAUCCAGUUAAAUGGCCAUUACGGUGUCUCAGACGGUAUGGAUUUGAGGCAGAACUGUUUAGUUUUGAAUCUGGUCGGCGAUGCCCAACAGGAUCUGGCAUUUAUGCUUUCCGUUGUCAGCGAGCAGAACAGUUGUUCAACUUGCUGCAGACUCACAUUCAAGUCAGAAACAAUGCUGGUGAAGAUGCUGUCUUUCAGGAAUUUCCAGUACCUUCAGCCCCAGGCCCAGCAGUAGCGCCUCGGUUAAGUAUUGGUGGUGAUGCCACCUACUUGGACCUCUCAUUGUUAAGGUCAGGUGUUCGAGUUAAUGCUCCAAAUAGCAUUCGCUUGUCAUCCCAAAAUGGAGGGUCAACAAGAUUGAGCAGUGUUGGAAGCAGUAGCAAUGGUCCCUUGAGUCCACAGGGCACUGCGUCUCCAUCUCCACCACCUGUACCCAGUCCUUCUGUUCCAGUUUUGUCUGUAACAAACAACAACAAUCCUGCUUUGUUUUAUGCCAAUGAGGAAUUUUUUUUGGCAGCAACAGCAUGUACCAGUACUACAACAGGAACAACAACAACAACAACAACAACAACAACAACAGUAGUAACACCAACAGAGCCAUCUGAAAGAAGUGUUCAACAGCAGCAGCCCGAAAAAAUGAUCCGUCUACCCGACCCCAGUAGUGAGACAAUUCCUGGUAUAGAGGCACCCACUUUUCCAACUGAUGUUGGGAACAAGACUAUGUAUCGGCAGAGUAUGGUGAGUGGUGAUGGCAUCCCAACAAGUCCAAGUGCUGAACUAACAUCUUGUGCCCAAAUGUACGCAGCACCAUCGUACAUCAAUAUAGAUCUCAGUGCAGGAGUAGAGCCAUUGUCCCCAACCUGUAGCAUUGAUGGAGAGUCAACUUAUGCCCGUCUUGAACUGACAAAUGAUGCUCAAGACUGUCAUCUUUAUAUGAAUAUCAUCCCUGGACCAGAAAAUGGUGUGCCAGCUGCUCCGGAUAAACCGUCCACAACCAUCUGGCCUAAACCGGCAAUGCCUUCUUUUGGCAUGCAGCAGCAAGAAUGGGAAUUAGAAGAACCACGCCAUUGUUAUGCCAAUAUAGAACUGAGUGAAAUUGAAGUGGCUAGAAGCCACCUUCCAAAGCGAUUGUCUGGAACAGACAGAGUGCCCCCUCUGCCACUACAUUCUUUCACAGUUCAGUCACAACAGAAUCCAAUGACCCCACCUCCAGGAAUGCUCCGGACAGUGAAUUAUAUUAUGCUAGAUCUAGACCAAAAUAAAACAGACUCAGUGGCGGGUAAUACUAACUCUUCUCAGCAGCCAGCAUCUCUCAGUUCUGCCCCACCCUCCAGUCUGUCUCUUCCACCAGAAUCUCCAGGGCGAGCUUCAGAAAGGUACGCAACAAUAGACUUCAAUAAAACUGUGGCCCUAUCUCAUUCAGUGAAUCCAAACGUAGACAACGACAGUGAGGGCUCUCGAAAGACCAGGCACAACUCAACUAUUAAUGACCUUGUUCUCCCCCCCACGAGGCUCAGCUCUUCAGAGUAAAUAUAGCAGCUCAAUAGAUUUGGUUAUUUGUGAUGAAGACUGAUUUUUUUUAUGUGGUGAAACAACAAAUUUUAAUAAAUUUUGGCAGCAGAGUAUCUUUGUUUGCAAUAUUGUAAACUUUGUUAAACUUAAUUUGCAGAAUAUACAUCGAACUCUUCAUAUUGCACUGUAGACUCUUUUUGCAUGUACCCUCAAUUAUAAAUAAUAACCAAAGCAGGGAGAAAGA